AUGUUUCUACUUGUUUUAUUUUUAAUAAUUGUUACAACAAUUAUUUUAUAUAGAGCGGUAUGCAGGAGACACAACUCAAUCUGUAAAUCUAGAAAGAAACUAAAGGGGCAGACAACUGUCAUAACGGGUGGUACAGCAGGGAUCGGACAAGAAAUUGCAUUGGACUUCGCUGCAAGAGGUGCAAGAGUUAUAAUCGCCAGUCCCUUUGAAGAUGAAGGAAUUAAAGCACGUAAUAGAAUUAUCAGAAAAUCUGGAAAUGAGGAUGUUGUCUAUAAGUUCCUAGACCUUGCUUCAUUAAAGUCUGUCAGGAAAUUCGCAGCAGAUAUUAAUGAAUCGGAGAAAGAACUACAUAUCUUGGUGAAUAAUGCCGGUAUUGGAAUACCCGGAGAGGUUCAGACCGAUGACGGAAUGAAUUUAGUUUUGCAAGUUAAUUAUUAUGGUCAUUUCCUCUUAACUCUUCUCCUGUUACCACUUUUGAUAAAAUCUGGAACAAAAUUGGAACCAAGCAGAAUAAUAAACAUGUCCUCGAUUACACGCUUUAUUGGAAGUUUUGAUAUAGAUAAUUACAACAGAACUAAAUAUUGGAAUAGUUUUAAAACUUAUUGUAACAGUAAACUAAGUUUAGUGUUAUUCUCGCAUGAACUGACGAAAAAAAUUGCUGAUAGAAAUGUAGUUAUAAAUUGUGCCGAUCCUGGAUGCGUUUCCACGAAAAUUUUUAAAAGUUAUUUCCCUUACGCCGGCAAAAUGUGUCAAGUUGUUAUAAAAAUAUUCUUUAAAAGUGCAUGGGAAGGUGCUCAAACGGCAGUUUAUAUGGCGGUGGAUCAAAAAGCUGGCGAAGUUAGCGGACAAGUGUUCAAUAAUUGUGAAUUAACCUCUCCUCUGACUUGGAAUGACAUUGAUAAAUAUUCGGAAAUGUUAUGGAAACAAUCAGCGGAAUUAGUGUUUAAAGAUGAAAAAGAAAUAUCAAGACUUCUCCCAAAGGAUUGA